AUGAAAGCUUAUUUGCUAUUGGGCGUUAGGUCGUGUGCCCACGUCUGCCGACGUCUAUCUGACACAUUCUGUCCCUUGAGUUUUUUAGCGGGUCUUACUAGUUCUUGUGGGAUCUCUUCAUGUUUUUUGGUUGGAAUAACAAUGUUCAAUCUCGAGUAUAAUAAGAUACUUUGCAACCCCAUUAUUAGCCCAUUAUCAGCCAAAUGGAAGAUGCAACGUUCCCAACUCGAAGAUGCGAUGCGGGUCCACAUUGAAAGAAACUUGAGAUGCUCACGGAUCUGGGUUGUAUUCUACGCAGAAGCGUUGCUACUUUGGCCAGCACACACCCCGAUAACUCAAGCACUAAGAGCACAUUUUAGUGCAAAAUCACAAUCUCCAACUGAUUGGCACCUUAACACUUUAUUAAGGUCUGAUUGGCACCUACACAUGAUUAGCUUCUGCGCAGUAAACUAA